AUGUCACAAAACUCUGUUCUUAUUACAGGCUGCAGUGAUGGAGGAAUAGGCGCAGGGCUGGCUCUUUGUUUUCAGAAGCAUGGGUGGAAGGUCUUUGCAACAACUCGUAACAUCUCAAAGAUGGCAAGUUUGGCAAAUAUUCCCAAUAUUCAACUUCUUGAACUUGACGUGACCUCUUCGCUCAGUAUUGAGGCUGCUGUUGAAGCAGUGAAGCAAGAGACUGGAGGACGUCUCCACUGCCUUUGCAAUAACGCUGGUGCGUUGAUGAUGAUGCCGGUAUUGGAUACUGAUGAAGGGGAGGCCAGAAAAAUGUUUAAUGUUAAUUUCUGGGGUCCUUUGGCAAUGAUACGAGCCUUUUCUCCCCUUAUCAUUAAUGCUAAGGGAACCAUUGCCAAUACUGGCUCUAUAUCUGGCUAUCUGAAUGUCCCUUUUGGAGCAUUAUACGCAGCAUCGAAAUCGGCUAUAAUGACUCUGAGCGAGACGCUGCGUCUAGAAAUGUCUUCAUUUGGCGUUAAAGUGCUCACAGUUGUCACGGGAGUCGUUAAUAGCAACCUUGGAUCUGAGAACACUGCAUUCCAGUUGCCUUCGACUUCUCUUUAUAGGGGCGCAGAAGAAGCUAUUAGAGAACGAGCUCAGGGAGGUGGCGGAGCGAAAAUGAGCACUGAAGAAUAUUGCGAGAAAUACGUCAAGGCAGUGGAGAGAGAAUCAAGCGGCCAAGUUUGGAUCGGC